AUUUUGAUUUUUUAUUAUAUAAUUGUUAACAGCCUUAUGUUCUUAAAUUCUAUUUCUUUUGUAGCUAUAAUGGGAGAGGACAGGGUCUUGACCUUUCUUUAGUGGAAGAUCUUAAGCAGAUGAUUGACAGACACAAUGUCCUAGCCAAAAUAUUUAGGCAGGUCCGAGAACGAUUGAACUCUGAUGAAUCAACCCAGUUAUCUAUCCGCCUGUUCAGAGCCCGGGGGAAAGAUCCUAGAACUUAUAAUAUGCCGUCAACGGAUGAGGUUGCAGCCUUGAUUGUUGGGGACAUUGGGGAGUCAGACGUUGGCAGAGAUGUUGUAGUGAAAAUGAAUGAUGGAUGUCUUUCAAACAUUCAUGAAACACAUACUGCUUUCAUUCCUUUGCACUAUCCGCUUAUAUUUCCGUACGGUGAAGAUGGCUUCCGUGAAGAUAUUCCCAUUAGUGAGAUUUUUAGAAACAUGGGAAGCUACAAAAGAUGGAAAGUCUCUAUGAGGCAAUUCAUUUCAUUCCGCCUUCAAGACAGAAACAGUGAGUAUGGGAACAUUAUUUUUGCUAAGAGGUUGUUCCAACAGUUCGUCGUUGACGCAUAUACCAUGAUUGAAGCAAAUCGUCUUUCAUAUAUUCGAUUUAAUCAGAAAACCAUAAGAGCAGAUUAUUUAAAUGGGGUUGCAGAGGCAAUUGAGAAGGGAGAGACAGACCCGUCAUCUGUAGGAAAGCGGAUUAUAUUGCCUCCUUCCUUUACAGGAGGUCGUCGUUACAUGUUUAAUAAUUGUCAGGAUGCCAUGUCAAUUUUCAAAAAGUUUGGGUACCCUGAUCUUUUUAUUACAGCAACAUGUAAUUCACAAUGGGGGGAAAUUCAAAGGUAUGUCCGUGCUAGGAAUUUGAGAGCUGAAGAUAGACCUGAUAUUUGUGUUAGGGUUUUCAAGAUGAAGCUCGAUAAUCUGAUGUCUGAUUUAAGGAAAGGCACUAUAUUUGGUCCUCUUGAUGCAGGUAUGUCAUUUAUUAUUUAUUUUUUUUUUCCGGAAAUAUAUGUUUAUGUUGCAAUAUCAUUAAUACUGCAAUUUUAGAUUUCCAUUUAAUUUCGU